UGCCUGGUUCGAACAGGGUUCUGUGUUACUGCUGUUACUACUAUUCAGGAUCGCCAGUAGUCAAAGGCAUUUUUCAUCAUUCCUUCUCCAGGAAUUGAGCGCACUUUCCUCUCAUUCCCCUCAUUCUUCCUCCAGAUACUGUUCUUACUAGUGUCCCAUCCCUCAACAAAGCCCCAAGGGAAAAGCACCAUGUAAUGUAGCUAUUACUAAUCACACCAGGCAGUUACCAGAAUAACGUGUGAUAAAGAUCAUGAAAAUAUUUCCAAAAAUAUAAAGCACUCUACAAAUUUAAGAUGCAGUUUCCUAGUUGUUUCCAAGUCCCUCCCCUUCUCCUUACUGGUUCGUGAACCAACCAGUUUAGUUUCCCGAUAAUUAAUUCAGCCCCUUAAGCCAGGCAUCAGCUCGCGGGGUUAAAUUCUGAAACCACUUCCCAGUUCCCACCCCUCUCCAAGUCUUUUUUCUCAAAGAAAGCUGGACACUGUCCCAGCUGCUUGCUGCAGCCACAUGCCUGAGGAAAGAGCUAGUGAGGAGCUGGCCAUGAAUAACUUACCCCAAAACGAAUCCAAGGAAACCCUCUUUGCACUCGUCUCCCCAGAAGAAGCGUUACCCCAGCCUUCAAAUCCUCCAAAGAAAACCACUCCGAAAAUAUGUGGCUCUAAUUACCCACUGAGCAUUGUCUUCAUCGUGACGAAUGAGUUCUGUGAACGGUUCUCCUACUAUGGCAUGAAAGCUGUGCUGACACUUUACUUUCUGUACUUCCUACGCUGGAGUGAAGAUACAGCUACAUCUGUGUACCAUGCCUUCAGUGGCCUUUGCUAUUUCACUCCUCUUUUGGGAGCAGUCAUGGCUGACUCUUGGUUGGGAAGGUUCAGGACAAUCAUCUAUCUCUCUUUGGUAUACGUGCUGGGUCACUUGGUCAAGUCUCUUGGUGCAGUGCCAGUCUUGGGGGGACAUGCAAUGCACACGGUUCUAUCCAUGCUUGGCCUCUUUUUCAUAGCCUUGGGAACAGGAGGUAUCAAACCCUGUGUGGCAGCCUUUGGUGGAGACCAGUUUGAAGAAGAACAUGUAAAAGAAAGGAGCAGAUUCUUCUCAGUUUUCUAUCUGUCCGUCAAUGCAGGGGGUUUGAUCUCCACCUUUAUCACACCUAUGCUAAGAGGUGAUAUACGGUGCUUUGGAGGAGAUUGUUAUGCAUUAGCCUUUGGGGUUCCAGGAAUCCUAAUGGUGGUAGCUCUUGUUGUGUUUGCUCUUGGAAGUACGAUGUACAGAAAACCUCCCCCUGAAGGAAACAUAGUGGUUAAAGUCAUCAAAUGUAUCUGGUUUGCUAUUUUAAAUCGUCUAAAGAACCGUUCCAGUGAAAUUUCAAAAAGAGAGCAUUGGUUGGACUGGGCAGAGGAAAAGUACCCGAAACAGCUCAUCUCGGAAGUGAAGACAUUGACUCGUGUGCUGUUCCUUUAUAUUCCACUACCAAUGUUCUGGGCUCUUAUGGAUCAACAGGGCUCUCGGUGGACUUUGCAAGCAACUAGAAUGAAUGGUAAUAUGGGAUUUUUUGUGUUCCAGCCUGACCAGAUACAGGUGCUGAAUCCCCUUCUGGUGCUUAUCUUCAUCCCUAUGUUUGACCUGGGUAUCUAUCCUCUGGUCAAGAAAUGUGGAAUCAACUUAACAUCUAUUAGGAAAAUAGCAAUUGGUAUGAUCCUGGCAUCCCUAUCAUUUGCAGUUGCAGCUGCUGUUGAGAUCAAGAUAAAUGAAAUGAGCCCACACAAGCCAGGAAGCAAAGAGAUGUACCUGAAAAUACUGAAUCUGGCAGAUGAUGAAGUGAAAGUGGGAUUGAUGGGUUAUCAGAACAACUCUCUGUUUUCAGACACCAUCAAGCCCUUCCAGCAAAUAGACCAUUCCAAAAUGCUCCUGAACACAGAGAGACAGAGUUUUUACUUCCAGCUACACUUUCACAACACGUCUGUCACCAAUGAACAUAUCCUGGAAGAGAAGAACAAAUACAGCUUGGUCACUCAUGCAGAUCAAAGGGGAGUUUCCAGUCUCCUGAUAAAGAACACAGUAACCUCAACAGUCAGUGGAAUGGCAGCUGUGAGGUUUAUUAACACCUUGGAUAAAGAUGUUAACAUCACCUUAAGCAGAAAUGCCUUCCUCAUUGUUGGCAAAGACUAUGGCAUCUCUGUUUACAAAACCGUGGAAAGGGGAAAAUACCAUAAUGUGCAGUGUAGGACACAAGACAAGGACUUCUCCUUGGACCUGGGGCUACUUGAUUUUGGUGCAGCAUACACAGUUGUCAUUAUUAAUAGUUCUGAUCAAGGUCUCCGAGCGUGGAAAACUGAAGAUAUUCCAGCCAAUCAAUUGUCCAUUGCAUGGCAGGUGCCACAAUACAUGCUAGUUACUGCGGGCGAGAUUAUGUUUUCUAUCACAGGGCUUGAGUUCUCCUAUGCUCAGGCACCCUCCAGCAUGAAGUCAGUGUUACAAGCAGCCUGGCUCAUGACAGUGGGUAUGGGGAACGUCAUCGUACUUAUUGUGGCACAGACCAGUGCUUUGGUGCAGUGGGCCGAAUUUAUCUUGUUUUCUGGUCUCCUGCUUAUUGUUUGUAUUAUCUUUUCCAUAAUGGGCUACUACUAUAUUCCUAUAAAACCAGAAGAUUAUAAUCUGGAAGACACAGAACCUUCUCACAUCGAGGGAAACACGAGAGACCUGGCAAUCCAGAAAACGAAACUCUGAUUGUUCCCUUAGCUCUACUCCAAACCUUUAUUUCUUUUAUAUUAUUUUAUCUACCCAAAUCAGUCUAUCUCAUCCCUAGUCCUGAUCUUAGCCUAUAUCUAUAUUGAGUAUCCUUCUCACUGGGCUAGGUCAAAGAAGUAAUACCUAUUUCAUCAGAGACGCCGAUGCAGCUGUCAUUCAUCAUACUCGAACAAGAAAUUCAGCCACUCCACACCUCAGUCUCAUCACCUAUUCUUAGAGAAUAGAGUCAUGCAUUGUUCUGGUGAAGCUGGGACAGAUGGUUAUUUCUUGUGUGUCUAAAAGAAUGUGAAGAAAAUAAUUUAGAUGUUACUGUGUAACUUUUUAUAUAACUGUUUAACUGUGACAUUUUUCAAUAUGUGAAUGCAUACUGUUGUGGGAGAAGGGGAAAUAUGCACCUGUAUUUGCCAUUCGAACAUUGCCAAAUGUUCUUGGUUCUCUUAUCUGGGUUUUGGUCAUUUAACUUUGGGCUUUUGUCAGUGCAUCAUGAUUGUUUGAAUCUAAGUAAAUUGAUUUAUACUAAUCAAACUAUAUUAGAUGAUUGAUCAUUGUGCAAUUAUUAUUCACAAAAUCUACUAAGGAUAUUGCUACUAAAUAGCAGCUUAUAUUUUCAUAGCACUUUAUUGUUUAUAACAACCUUAUGUAGUAGGUAAUUUAAUAGAUCAGAGUGCUAGUUUAUUAACUUCUAAUGGGGGGAAAAGGAAGAGCUUGAAAGAGAUUAGAAUUUUUCUAUCCUAACAUGAAAAGAGGGGGACAUCUUUUUUUCCAAGUAUUGACAUAUAAUGGAAAUCACGUUAAAGGUUAAAAGUCUGUUUGAUGUUCUUGGAGCCAGAAAAAGGAAAUCAGUCUAAGUCACUUAAAUGUUCUUUAAGGGAAUAUAGUAUGAAAAUUAUGGAAUAAUGAUUAGCCAUCCAAUCUUCACAUCACUGAACCAUAAUGCUCCAGAACAUGCAAUAUAUUUGCUAAUUGUCAUCAUUUUCAGUAUUCAGUACUUUUCUCUAUAGCCUCUUUAAAUUAUACCAUUCCUUUUCCACUUAACCCUCAUUCAAAAUUGCUUUAUAAUUCUGAAAAUCUUUUUUACGUGGAUUCCUUCAGCAAUUCAAUUCCACAAAUACUUGUUAAGUACAUACUAUUUCUAGGGCAUGAAAUGGGAUAUAAAUUUUAAAAAAUCACAGUUCCUGAAUUCAAAAAUUUACAGCACAGUAGGAAGGCAAGGUAUAUAUAAAUAAUUUAUAUGUCAUAAGUGAUAUUAAUCUUCUGAAUAUUUUAUUUUUUUCUAGUUACAUGUAAAGUUUUCAACAUUCAUUUUUUAUAAGUUCCAAUAUUUUUCUCCCACCCCCUCUUAUUUUCCCUCUCCCAAAGACAGCAAGUCAUCUAAUAUACACACACACACAUAUAUAUAUAAUCAUUUUAAACAUAUUUCCAUAUUUGUCAUAUUGUGAAAGAAAAAUCAGAUCAAGAGGGGAAAACAAUGAGAAAGAAAAAGCAAACAAACAAAAAAUGAAGAUAGUAUGCUUUGAUCCACAUUUAAUCUCCAUAGUUCUCCCUCUGAAUGUGAAUGACAUCUUCCAUCUCAAAUCUAUUGGAAUUGUUUUGGAUCAUCCAAUUGCUGAAAAGAAUUAAAUCUAUCACAGCUGAUCAUCACAUAAUCUUGCUGUUAAUGUGUGUAAUGUUUCCUGGUUCUGUUCACUUAACAUCAGUUCAUGUAAAUUCAUCGUUUCUAAAUGAACUAAUACUAUUCCAUUACAUUCCUAUACCAUAAUUUAUUCAGUUAUUUCCCAAUUGAUGGUCAUUCAUUCAAUUUACAAUUCCUUGCCACCACAAAAAGAGUUGCUAUAAACAUUUUUGCAUAUGUGGGUCCUUUCCCCUCUUUUCUGUUCUCUUUGGGAUAUAGACCUAGUAGUGACACUGCUGGAACAAAGGUUAUAUAGUUUUAUAGUCUUAUGAGUACAGUUCCAAAUUUUGGUGAGAUUAAGAUUUUAAAAUGAAUGUAUAAUUCCAGGAAGGAAAGAUGACUUAACAACUGGAGGAAUUAGGAAAUUGCACAUGAAGUUACAAAUCUACCAUAUACAAUCUGCUAUUUUUCCAAAUAUACAACAAAGCUAUGUAAAUUUGUAUUUCCUCUUCUCUCCCCCACCCUAGAAAUGGCUACUAUUAGAAACAAAUAGGUAUAUAUAUAUGUAUACCUAUAUAUAUAUAUGUAAAAUCACUCUAAAUGUAUUUCUAUUUAUCAUUUCUCCAGAUGCAGAUAGUGUUCUUUAUAUGUCCUUUAUUGUUAAUUUGUAAAUUCAUAUAAUUAAAAAAGUGAAAGAUGCUAUAUGUAAUCAAGAUUGUUACAUAAUAUCCUCUCUUAGAAGGAUCCUAGGGCAGUCAGUUGCCCUCAGGAUUUGUGUUGCCUAACAAUUUGUGACAGGUGAUAUGCUUGCCAAAUUUAUACAUAAUAUAAAGGUAACAGGGAGAAGGAUAGCUGACACACUGGAUGACAAGACCACAGAGACUAGAGCUCUGUGUUAAAUAUGAUUAAGAUGAAAUUUAAUAGAAAUAUUAUAUUUUUUAUUUUAUUUUACAAAUAUUUCCCUAUAAACUUUUUUUUUAAUUUUAUUUUAUUUAAUAAUAACUUUGUAUUGACAGAAUCCAUGCCAGGGUAAUUUUUUUACAUUAUCCCUUGUACUCGCUUAUGUUUCGUUUUUUCCCCUCCCUCCCUCCACCCCCCCCCCCCCAAGAUGGCAAGCAGUCCUAUAUAUGUUAAAUAUGUUGCAGUAUAUCCUAGAUACAAUACAUAUUUGCAGAACCAAACAGUUCUCCUGUUGCACAGGGAGAAUUGGAUUCAGAAGGUAAAAAUAACUAGGGAAGAAAAUCAAAAAUGCAAAUAGUUCACAUUCCAUUUCCCAGUGUUCCUUCUUUGGAUGUAGCUGUUUCUGUCCAUCAUUUAUCCAUUGAAACUCAGUUGGGUCUCUGUCAUAGAAAUCCACUUCCAUCAGAAUACAUCCUCAUACCAUAUCGUUGUCGAAGUGUAUAAUGAUCUCCUGGUUCUGCUCAUCUCACUUAGCAUCAGUUCAUGUAGGUCUCUCCAGUCCUCUCUGUAUUCAUCCUGCUGGUCAUUCCUUACAGAACAAUAAUAUUCCAUAACAUUCAUAUACCACAAUUUACCCAGCCAUUCUCCAAUUGAUGGGCAUCCAUUCAUUUUCCAGCUUCUAGCAACUACAAACAGGGCUGCUACAAACAUUUUGGCACAUACAGGUCAAUAGGAAUAAAUAUUGAGUAUUACUUUUAGACUUAGAAUCCUUCCAAAACCCCUAGUUUCUUAAGUAUGGGAUGAGUCAAACUGUCCGUUGAAAGAUAAUUAAAUCUAGCCCCAUUCCUCACUUCCAGUCAUCCCUCCAUAUCAUCUAACUGCCAUGGCAUUUCUGCCUUUUAAAGUCCUUCAU